UCCAAGCAACGGUUGUAUUUGUCGGGGACAGCAGGAAACAAGUAGCCUAAUUGGUUUAAUAGCCUAAGCCUACUAUCGAUUGUGCCAUAUUUAUUUUGUGCGCAACCCCUCCCACUAUAAGGUGAACUGAACAACACGCUUCCUGAGUCCUGACAGCUCUGCUUUCAUUUGGACGCUUUUGGAGUCGGUUUGGAGAUGACAACGCCGCUUUUGAAGUGCGCAAUCAUGUGGCAUUCUGCUUGAAAGUGUAUUUUAUUAUAUGAAGUAUUGGCUCUUUAUUUUUUCUUAUAACGGAAUAUAGCCUACGCAUCUUGUGUGAGAUGAAAAAAGUUCCAGAGGAGAGUGAAAUACAUUCAUUGGUUAUGGUCACAAUACGAAGAAAACGAUGUCGCAUUAUUGUGAGGAUCUUCUCCGCUUGGAAAUCUCUUUCUGAAUGGGACGCCUAAGAGUGGCUCAUAAGAUGUUUGCAACUUCUUCACCAACAACCUGAGACUCAGCCCUCAAACAGUAGAAUGUGUCCCGUUGUGCCACAACCGCUGUGUGUGUCCAUUGACGGGCACUUUAUGGUUACCUUGGCAUUCCUCCUGUCCAUGUGUCUGUCCUUUAUGACGGUCACGGCUGCCUGCCCACCACCCUGCCUGUGUGCCAGCGACAUCAUCUCCUGCAGUGGUCACAAUCUGUCAACCGUUCCCCCUGACCUCCCUGGCUAUGUCACCCGAUUGGACCUCAGCCACAACGUCCUCUUUGCUCUGCUUUUGGAUUGGUCAGACCGGCGUCUGGACAGGCUGACCGCGCUGGUCCUCAGCCGAAACGCCAUUACCCAUCUGGCACCGGACGCCUUCGCCCCCACCCCUCACCUCCGCCACCUGGACCUCUCGUUCAAUGGGCUGUCUCGGCUCAACGCGUCUGCCUUCCAUGGGCUCAGGGAACUGGAAGUGCUGCUUCUGUUUGGGAACCGCAUCAGCCAGACCAUGGCGGGAGCCUUCCAGGGGCUGAGCAGCUUGGAAAGGCUGUAUCUGGGCAGAAACAGACUGGCUGCCUUCCCCCUGGAGCUCUACCAGGGAGAUGGGGCUCUGCCACGCCUGCGUUUCCUGGAUCUGUCGAUGAACAUGGUGAGGCAGGUGCCCGUGCAGAGCCUCCUCUCUCUGGCCACCUGGCAGCAGGGUGGCAUCUACUUGCAGGGGAACCCGUUGGUGUGUGACUGUGCCCUGCGCGCCAUGCUUGAGUACUGGGAGAGGAGGCAGUACCGUCCCCUACUGGACUUCAGGGAGGAGUAUCCAUGCAGCCUGGGUCAGGAGGAGUGGCUGAAUUGUUCUGGCAGCCCUCAGGGUGGGUUACAUGGAACUGUAGAAGUGUCUUGCCAGGCAGAGCCUGGCGAUUGGCUCAUGGUGCCGUGCCCCGGCGUUUCACUCCCCCUCCGGGAAGAGGUGGUGGUGUUCUGGGUGACCCCGGGCGAUGGUUCCCCGGCACUGGGCGUAACAGGCGAUCAGAGCAGCCGCCUCACGGUCCUCACCAACGGUACCCUGGAGAUCCGAGGGGCUCUCCUGGAGGAUUCAGGGACUUACUCCUGCGUGGCAGUCCGCGGGCGACGCCGGAGCCCCAACGAGACUUUGGAGGUCACCGUCUCCGUAGGUAACACCAGCGGACCAGGCGAGAGCGGGGAGGAACGUGGCAGCGGCGGGGAGCAUUUUAACACGGCCUUUACCACGCUGGCGUCCUGUGUGGUCAGCAUCGUCCUGGUGCUCCUCUACCUGUACCUCACUCCCUGCCGUUGCCAUGGCGGAAGGGCAGGGGGCGUUGGCGGGUGCGGCGGGCGAGCCAUGCUCCUCUGUGCAGGCCCCAGGGAGGCAGAGCUUGCAGACAGAAGGGUCACCGGUGGAAAGAGGGUGGCCUUCCUAGAAACGGGGGACGAGCACCCCCACAAAUACAGCGCCAAGCACCCAGUAAUGGACACUGCAGCCACAGCGGGCAUUUUGAGGAAUGGAAGCAGAGCCUUGGAGCAGGUCCUGGAAGACCACAUUGCGUAGCAUUGUGUCUAUCCUUCAAGCUCCACCAAGCUCUCACUGGACUAGACUACACCAUGCAAAAUUGACUGUUUGUAACAUGGUUCUCUAAAUGUCAAAUAUUGAAACCUCGCACUGAGAAUCCAUACAUGAAAGUAGUUUUAACAUCAGACCGCUUUUUAAUUUUAUGCCUACUGUGUGGACAGAUAUGGAAACAUCCAGUAGUGGGUUUCUGUAUGUCAAAGUUUCAUAUACACAUGAACUUCCAAAUAAAGAAAUAGUUCAAAACAAAAUACAUUCUGUGAAACACGUGUGUAAUGCAUUAUGUAGGCGUUCAUGGAUCUAUCUUUUCAUGUUUUAUUCGUUGUAUAUACAGGAUACACAUGGUAUACACUGUCCAACCAAAUGCUUACUUGCCGGUUCCUAUGUCAUAAGGUGUCAUGCACUAUUAUGAAUGAUCAUAACGGGGCGAACACUGUAAAUGUAUUCCUAAUGUAUUAUAUGCAGGUUGAAUGGAUGCAUUCAGACAAAAAUGCCAAAGUCGACCCUGAUCAGUGUCUGGGAACUAGCCAGCUCUAGCCCCAAGCCUCCCAUGACCUAUAUACUAUUGUUGUUCUCGGUUAUUUUUGUAGGUGUGACUGUGAAUAGAGUUUUUCAAGGUGAGGAAGGGACUGGUAUGUUACUGCUGGUGUUAAUAUAUUGAACUAACUUGGAUAUUGACAUUCAUUUAGAAGACCUAAAUUCCAUUGUCUCAAUGUUGUAUCUUCAUUUAAGUACAGCACCAGUCAAAAGUUUGGACACACCUACUCAU